CUACCAAUAAUUUAUUGGUGUUCUAUACAAAAUUCGUUACCAUUGUGCAAUUUAAGAGUGCAUAACUCAAGAGAAUGCAUAUUAAUAUGUUUUAAAUAUAAAUUGAAAGUUACAAAAAAGCAAAAUAGCUAAAAGUUUUCAAAAUUGAUCGGGUACAGCAAUAGUAAGCGCUGGUCAAGAUGUUUCGCAUCGAAUCUUAUGUUACGCCCAUUAUUAUGGAAUACGUGGCAAAGUAUGUUAAGAACAUACGACCCGAGGAUAUGCAACUCUCCUUGUGGGAAGGUGAGGCCACGUUGCAAAACCUCGAUUUGCGGUUGGAUGUAUUAGAAGAGGAAUUGCAGUUGCCCUGUGAAUUCUUAUCAGGGCACGUACACGAAAUGACCAUACGUGUACCAUGGACUAAGAUAACAUCUGAACCGAUACGUAUAAUAAUUAAUACAAUUGAAUUUGUGCUCAAAUUGCGACGUAACAAAUCGGAUGAUGUCUCAUCGACCAGUUCAUCGCCGCAACGUAAGAAUGGCGAUGCUGCCAAAAAACGCAAACGUCCUUCAGAUGAACAACAGUCAACACAGCAAAGUCCAGGAUCUGGCAUUGUAAAUAAAAUCAUAAACAAUAUAAAUUUAGAGUGCCAGAAUAUAAUUCUAAAGUAUGUGGAGGAUGAUAUUGUUGUAUCGAUGAAUGUGCAGCUCUUGCAAUUUGGUUCAGCUGAUGAACGUUGGAAAAUCGCCAUGACGGAUAUACAUCCCGUUAAGGUUCUAAUGCGCAAAUUAGUUAAAGUAUCCGAUCUCACAAUCUGCAUAGACAAACGUAAUUCAGCAGGGCAUAUUGAGGUGUGUCAGGAACCAAUCUUAUAUAGGUGCUCUUUCGAAAUACGCAUUUUACGUAAAUAUAACACCAACACAGUGGCUACCACAAGCUUAACACGCAUCGGUAUAUUCACCAAAUCAAUGGAUGUUAAUAUAGCUUCAAUGCAAUUUCCGAUGAUAAGACGUCUUAUCGAUAUAACAACUGAAUUUGGACUUAAUAAUUCCAAAAAGCUUAUUACGGAGCAAGAAGACUUGACAGAAUAUUCAGAGAAUGAAGUAGCCGCGAGUGACUCAUUUCUGGCAUGGGCAUGGAAUAAACUGCCAACUUUAUCCUAUGAGCCGCCGUUAAUUGAAGAACCUACUGUCGAAGAAAUAGCCGGUCAUUUCAAGGAUAUCGGCCUAUACUUGGAAGAGUUAAACAUUACGCUAAAAAACUCCGAACUAAUUGUAGAUAAUUUUGUAGGCAAUACAAAGCGCAUUAAAUACACACCCAUUGUACGUAUAACUAUAGGUGGUUUAUACAUGGAAAAGGUGGCCAGCGAAGAACAAAAUUGGCGCAGUAUGAAAUCAGGCAUAACUUAUUUGAUCGUUGACCCUUUGGGCUCCUAUAAAGCUGAUGAUAUCUCCGAAACAGCGUUGAUCUCAAGUGCUUCUUUAGAAAGAACUACUGCUUUUGUGGAAAACAGUCUAUUUGAUGAGAAAAUCACAACAGCUGACCAGAAAGUUUGCGUAAACUAUGAUGAAUAUAUGACACUUUAUACUGACGAAUACUUAUUAAAUCGCACACCAAUUUUUGCUUUCGAUUCCGUCGAAUACAAAACUAUGAAAAUGCGAGACAACGCAAAAUCAGAGGUUGAUGUAUCAACAACAACAAUAACAACAAAGGACACACACCUCGCUUAUCGUCUGUUAUCCUCCGGUGUGACAUUUCGUUGGAAUCAAUCAUUUCGACAGGUUAAACAAAUAAUACAAGAUUUAAUUGAUUCUUACGAUUAUUCCGGCUAUCAUGUAGACCAAUUAGACACAGCUGCGCAGUGCAGUGCUAGCAAUAAACUAACACCACCACUAAUGGAAGACUAUGAUGACCUAAUGGAACACAUACCGCUUUGCAUCUACAAAUUUGACUUAAAAAAUAUAAAUUUUGAAAUCUAUGCAUGCACAGAAUCACUAAGUACCCAAAAGCACACGCACAACCGUUUACCAGGUGCCUUGAGACAAGCGAUGCCUUACUUCUUGGCACAUAUAGAACGUUUAGAAGGCACAUUAUGCAGGCCGCUGAAUGUGGAUAAGGUUGUACACACCACCUGCCAACUGCCAGAAAAGCCACACAUCUUACUUGAUGCUUGCCACAAUAAUAUCACAUUCCAAAUGCGACAAUUCUCCUUAUCGAUGGUGAAUAAAAUGCGAAAAACGACCAUAAGACUCAUGCACAUCCCACAUAUCGAACUGACAUAUUCUGAUCUCAUACAGAAACAGCAUUGGAAAGAAGACACACUUAUACCUUUAAGAAAAAUCGAAGUAUCUUGUGAACUAAUUAAUGUGGACUUCAAUAAGCGUAACUUGAUAAUUGCUGCACGUCUAAUGAAUUGCGUACUUAGUUAUAGGCCUUAUUUAUUAUGGAAAAUCGCUAAUCAAGUAAUGCAAUUAGUGAAAAAUGAACUAGAGCCAACAUUGCAUAAUGAGUUCAGAAAUUUGCGUAUAGAUUUUCAAUGCUUUCAGAGUUAUACGACGGCAUAUCUUGAGCUUUACAGCUUGCUCUCACAUAUAGUCACAUAUACUGAACAGUGUCACAAAAAAAAUAUGUUAAUUGACACGGAAAAGGGUAAUAAACCUAAAAAAUGGUUAUGUGCUAGUAUACAGUUAAAUCCAGAAGGUAUACAAUUAGCGGCAAACAAAAAUGAAUCGCUUGUAGCGCUGGCCAUUUGGGUGGAACCGAUUGCUGUGUACGUCGAUGACGUGUUGUUGGAGUUUCUAAAGUAUCAAGAGGACUACGAUCACACCGUCGAACGAGAGCCAUCCAGCGAAAUCGAAUUGCACACUCAACAGUAUCAAGCCCACGUUCCAAUACAAACAAAUAGCACGAAUGCCAACCAACCACCUCGCGUGCAUACAAAUAUAACUACCAGUGGCGGACCAGCACUCAUUCGUCGCUCUUCACGUAAUUCCCUACCUACACGUAAAAUAUCCCACCCUGAGGAAACAAUACACUUCAGCUCUGAACGCGAUGAAAAAAUUGAUUUGGAAACUGUAAGUGCCACACCGCCCACAACAGCAAUUGAGGCUGAGCCCACAUCAUUAUGGCAGCAAAUCAAAUCAAUAGUCAUCUGCUUUGAAUUGGGUCAUAUUAGACUUCAUAUAGCAGAAAGGCUUAAAUGGUGUAAUAAUAAUGAAAAUAUCCAUUGUGUGUAUACACUAUUACAAUUACCCAAAAUUGCUAUGCGUUCGACGAACGCCGAAAAUUUGUCACGCACAAAUCUUCAAGAGAAGUUUACAAUAUCCACCUCUCCGAAGGACACCAUCAAUUGGGUUAUUGCACUCUAUGGUCUAAAUGUGAAGAGAUAUAACUGCAUCGAUAUGGAUACAGUUUUGCCGGAUGUAUAUACAACUAUUACAAUUGUUGUUACACACAAGAAGCAAUUGGAUGCGGAUGGGAACAAGGUGUCACAACGUAGGUCAUCGAACGAGACGCCAAAUGAUGCUACAACCGAAGCAGUGAGUCCUGCGUCACAAAAAGAAGUGAGCCCAUCGCCUGUGCCUGCAAUGAGCAACCAUAAUUUGGAUAGUAGUUUACCGAUAACACAAAACACGUCAAUAGAAGUGGAUGCAAUAACGGUGCAUAUAGACACAAUGCCUAUACAUUUUAAUGUAUCGGAAGCCAAAUGUUCGGCGCUACAUUUGCAUGUAGGUAUUUUGGGUAAAGUCAUUAAGCUCAUAGGUCCCAUGGCACAGUUGAAUACAAGCACACAAAUGCCAACUUCAGCAACGCCUAUACAAAUCGUAACAAUAUCUGAGGAAAAUGCAGCAAUUAAGCAAUUUUUAGAAUUAGAAACCAGUUCCUCUGUGUCUUCAGUGCUCGUAGAAAACAAAGCGCCAACAACUUACACCACAUCUCUAUUUUGUCAAUGGUCCAUCGCCAAAAUUAUUUGUGAAUUGACAGCUCAAGAGCGCAAGAGCAAAAUGGUUCUGGAACUCGAAGAUUUACUUUCAACUGUGGACAAUCGAGAAGAUUUCACAAAAUUUACAGGCAAAAUUGGACAAUGCAAUCUCUUGUACUACACACCAGACGAAAAAGAGGAAUGGAUAGCUCAACCGAGUAUGCGUCUUAAAAUGCUCGGCGAUAUGACGAAUAUGCCGUUUUUGAAUAUAGUUUACACUUCUGUGGGCUUAAAAAGUUUCUAUACGCGCAUUGGUGUAAAACCAAAAUAUAAUGCCAACCGCUCAAUAGCCGAAAUUAUAGUCACAUUACAAGCCAUGGAAAUAAUUGUAGAUUUAGAUAUUCUAAAAGAAUUUGUAUGCUCGUUAGGCAUUCUCUUCGCCGUAAGAGAAUGCACCGCCAACUGUUCAGAAGAGCGAACUUCAAAACAAAUUCAAAGUACUCCACCAACUGCUGCCGAUCUGCCACUCAUACACUUGGAUAGUAAAGGCUUUACUUUGUAUACGCCUUUGGCGACGAAGCGUGAGUGUUGCACUGUGCUAAUAUGGAAGAUCGAGUCCAUAAAAACGACACCACACUUGGAGAACCCAUUGCAACGCAAUCCCUUACGACCAGACGUCUAUGGCAAAGCUGCUCAAUUGGGUUUUCUCAACACGCCCGGUUCGUUGGUGGAAGAUCGUCAAUAUGAGUUGAUAUUGCAAAAUCUAUCAGUGGCCACAGCGCAAUGGACGGAUAUUUUGGGUCAUAUGGCACAACAGGCGAAAACGUUUCAGCACACAAAUCCAGCUGUCGAAUGGAACACUCAAACUCGUGAGACAGCACCGCAUUUCACACACGUUUUCACAGAUUUCACUUUUAUUGGCAUCUUUGCGCCAUGCAUCGCCUAUAAUAAUGUAUUAAUUUGUGGGCAAGCGCUUGAAUUUAAUUGCGCAUCAGACUUCGUCGCUACCAUCAAUACAGAUCAGCUUUAUGCCAUAAGUUUCAUGGCAUGUCGUUUAAAUGAAUUACUUGAUUUCGCCGCAGAAAAUGCACCCAUAAGAAAAUCUAAUAUGUCCUUGUCAUCCAGUUCAUAUUCUAAUCAACAGAAAUCUGAGAGCAUGUCAUGUAGCAAGUCCAGCAAAUCCAGCAGCAGUUUACAAUGUGGUGAUCUUCUUCUUGCACCUUUAAAUAGAACCACACGCACCGCUGCUGCAGCAGCCUUUGAACCGAUUGAUGAGAACACAGAGCAAAAUGUAAAAACCGACUCUGGCAUACAAUCGCAACAAUCACGCGGAGAACGCCAAUCCGUAUUUGCCACUCCCAGCGAUGCGCUUGUUCGAAAAUUUCCACAAACUGUAUCUUUCCUUGCCGGUACAUUCACGAUAAAAUUAUACGAAGUCCGUGGUGCGGAGCCAAAAUCCAGCGAUGGACUACAAGUAAAAUGUACUGAUAAAGUGCUGUGUUUGGUGCCAUUAAUAACACUGACAGUCUGUCAGCCGAGCUUUAUGUACACACAAAAUAUCUAUGAUCAUAUUAUCCAGAUGUCACUCUAUAAUUUAAAUAUACAUUCCAUGCCCUCAGCAGUCUUGGAUGCUGAAGACACCAACCUAUUUCCUAUCGAAUUCAUCGAUACGAGACCUGGAGAAUUAGGUCCCACUGGCAUACCACCGCCCCUUAUUACUAUACGCAAGCAUCUAACCAAGCAAAAGCUCGUGGAAACCGAUGUGGAAAUAGCAAGGCCAAUUAUUAUUACACUGCAGGAACAACAAACCGUUGUUUUGUUGAAAAACUCGCUCAUCCUCUACCAAACGAUACUGCAAAGUGGAUAUCUAAAUCCACGCGCGUUGCGCAUUGUUCAGAAAGCUUCGAAAAUUAUGCUCAUGCGUAGUCAUUUCUACAAUUGCGAUCGAUUGCAUGUAAAGUUAGAUAAAUUAGUAUUGCUGAUGAAGCACGACUGUGACUACGAAGGCAAGCUGGUCUGUGCCGAUAUGCAUUUCAAUGCAACUUUUCUACAACGUCCAGAAAAAGCUGUGCUUAAAGCUGCCAUCGGCUCGAUGCACCUGCAAAUUGGUGAGAGAAUAUUCCUGCAUCCCGUGGCAUUGCGAUCGACAUUCGCUUUUGUUAGUGAACCAUGGUACGAUCUUCCGUUGGUGAAUGGCACCAUAAAGCUCGACGUUUUACAUGUUGACUUAGAUGUCAACGGAUUGAAAAAACUCCAACGCAUACAGCUCGGUUUGGAAAAAUUAUCGUUACGUCUUAAUGAAGAGUGGAAAGAGUUUCUACACAACCGUCCACCAAUGGGGGAGUCUGCAGAAAUGAUGGCAGAGAAGUUAGUGCUGUUGAAUACGCCAUCUUUCAAAGGACAUGUCAGUUCAAAUGGUAGUAAGAAGAAGCUGACACGUGAGGAAUUCUAUCAAGACGAUUUGAGAGCUGGCGCUUUUCAAUUCGUGGAAAUGGCUACGGACUCCUUUCUACCCUUGCCGUAUCAAAUUCAAAUAAUUAAGAAGAAUUACGGCAUUAUUUGUUGGCGUUAUCCACAACCAAGAAAAAUGUGUAAAAUCCACGUCUUUCCCGUGCCAAUGGCGGUCCAAAAGCCCAUUAACAUUCGUUGCCAAAUGGAGUACUUCAGCGAGUCUCACGAAUGCUUUCUGCACUUUAGCGAGUUUUGGCUCUCCGAAACGGCUUCAAAAGACAUAGUAUUACCCGAGCGUGAAAUUUGUGCCAAUAUUUGGCGUGUGGUCAUUAUGCAAUCUUUAGUCGCUGUCAAUGGUGAAUGCUUUGAGCCUAGCGAGGAGGAUGAGGAUAAGAUUCCAAGUUUAAAAAUUGAGGAGCUCUUCAAGCUGGAAAGCAACGAUGAGGACUUCAUUUUACACCCAAAAGUUUUAGUGGGCUGUAUGCGUAUCGACACAGCCUUCCAGUCAGAGUGUGUACCGAAGUUCCAAGUGCUCCUCUCCUGCACCUCGCUGCAAGUAAAAUUCCUUAAUCAAGCGAAUGAUGAAUACAAACUGCCGCCAGCACUUGCUGAGUACACGCUAGCGCCGUCUAAGCAAAUUAGUCAGGCAUUCUUGGUUGUGUUGUUGGAAAACCUUAGCAUACAUGCUGCAUUCAAUUCAACACAGAUUUACAGCGUCGACAGCAGUCUGACUUUGAAUAUAAAAUGUCUGGAUUAUGGUUUCCUGAAUAUGCUCUCAGUCCUAGAAGAUGCAACAUUACAAAGCUAUGUAACCGUAAACAAACCGAAACGCUUGCUAAACAUUAACGCGGUACUAGAGAAAUUUCGCAUUAAUAUUGGACCUUCAAUACUGCACACGCUACUGUCGUCGAAGGCACAUUGGCAAGAACUCUUCACCUCCACUACACCAAAUCAGUGCCACGUACUUUUACCCAAAUGUAUUGUUGUUAAUCGCAUGCAAGCGCUUGUGGCCUUCGGUCAAACCGGCACUACAGAGCGCAUACAAUUACAACCGUUGGAAUGUAGUUUGUAUAGUUUUAGCAAUGACGGCAAUAAUCAGGAAUUGACUUUCUUCAUUGCCGACAAUGAAACCCGCAUUACCGAUGCGUCGCAGUCAGUGGCGAUUCCUUUCAAAUUCGAUGGCGAACGGCUGUUGCAAAGUAUACGCAUUGGCGAUAAAUGUCUCAUAAUUGAAAUGCAAAAACUGUCAGCCGCACAGGUUACAGUCUUCCUGAAGGGACAAAUCGAGUUGAUAUCCAUGGUGCCACAGGAGUUGCGCGUAGAGCUGCGAUUCGAUGAGACAAAAGCCGAUGAAGACAAGCGACAAUUAGACUAUUUAGUUAAAAAAGAAGGUUAUUCAUCGUUUUACGUAGCGGUGCAGCGUGUUUCAAAUGCAACUAUGAGACUAAAAAUGGUGGCUCCAAAGAUUAAGGGACGCACUGGUGAUAUUCCAUUAAAACCAAACAAGAAAUUGCCGUGGUUAGUAAAAGUACCCACGGCAAAUAAUGAAUUCGUUAGUUUUUGGGUGCGAGUCAUACGCCAGGACAUUACAGACCUUUGCAUCGAAUCGUUUCAACCACAGCGUAUACUCGUCACAAUUUGGCCGAUAUUUGAAAUCCAAUCACGUCUACCCUGCGCGUUGACCGCCUUUGAAAAUAUAACGGGAAAGCAAUUCGAAAUCGAACCACGUGGCGGUCGUUUUGUACUGGAUGUGCCUGCAACACAUUUGACCGAGCACAAAGUUGAAUUUAAAUCAAAAUCACCAUUAAACUGUGAAUGUGAUGCAGAGCAAACUCUUUCCCUGAAAUCAAUGCAGUGGAACUCUUUCUUUUGGUAUGAUGAGAAGGAUUGGGGCAUUGAUGAUGCCCUACACAAACUAAGUUCGGACGUUGGGUCUUCAACAUCAAAAUGGCCGUUAGACGAAGAGGAUGAAUUGCGUGUGAAUCGCCUAACACAUUGCACAGGUGCAGCGAAUCUGGUGUAUACCCAAAAACCGGCAAGAGAGUUUUCCUGCGCCACCUGCCUCGAAGUGACAGCCUGGGCAAUGUUCAUCAACGCUACCGGCUUAGAUAUCGGUAUUUGUAUUGGCCAAUCGAAGGAACGGACAACUGUCAAGUCGAAUUGCCUUGAAAUGCUGAGCAUAAUUACAACGCCAUUCACAAUCGACUUGCCCUUAGAGGACGAUGAUAUGAAGUGGAUUUCUUCCACACAGAUCUGCUUUAAUGGCAUCUCGCCGACGGGUGGCUUACGCGGCUCUGUUUUACUUGACAAUGAUAGUCUAGAUUUGGGUAUAGUACACAAGACGGAAAUCUAUAAAUUCAUUUUGGAAUACAAAAUUGAGAAUUCUCAACGCGUAUUACGUCUGCGACCGAAAUAUGUUGUGUCGAACUUUGCAAAUUGCAAACUUCAAUUAUUGUCUUUCGCAAUGGAUCAUAAGGAGAGUGCGUCGCGUCAGACUUUAGAGGAAUUUGCAGUCCAAUCGAAAAAGAUGGACUUAAACAAAGUGCAGUGGACAGAAAAUUGCAUUGGACAAACACUGGACUCAUUUCACGACUUGAGACCGAACAAAAAAGCAAAACGUUCCAAAGACACGGCAUACAUAUGUUUCGUCAGUGUUAAACAAUCCGACAGCAACGACUUCUCCAUACCCAUACCACUAAGCAUACCCUUCACAAGACGUACCUUCGCCCUACAAAAUGGAGGAAAUUCCGUGCCGUUAGUAGCUACGCUCAUCGAAAAGGAUCGCAUUUACUAUUUGAAUAUUUUUGAAGACACCAACCCGGCGCUGCUGGUGACAAAUCAAACAGAUGUGGCCUUCAUUAUCGCACAAACGAGCGCCUCGGAAAAUAGCAAAGUUUCCAAUACCACACCCGAGUACAAUGGACGGCACUUUGAAUGGUAUCAACAUGUGCCAGCGUACAGCAAAUGCUACUAUACGCCACCCGAACUUUAUACGAGCUUUCCCGACGUCGAGUCGACAACGUGCAAUAUUACCUUAGCGUUAUAUAAAGAAAAUCCAACAAAGAAGACCUUGAAGUGGUCAAAACCCAUACGUACGGAUAGAACAUGGGAGAAAUUCUUAUAUAUACCAAAUCAUGGUGACGUCAAAGUCAUUGUCUGUGAUAAACAUCGAGUCACGCGUAUUUAUGUAUACUACAUAGCUCCGCUCGAGUUCUCUGUGAAAGAUCUUCGCUCUCGCCUAUUGACACCGAAAACCGCCGCCGACGCAGAUAGCCCGAACUCGUCGCUCUUGUCGAUCUCGCCCAGCACUGCCAUUCACGACCCGAUAACUAUGCGCAGCACACCGGACAAGUGCAGACACUUUUCUAAUGAAUGCAUUACGAAGACUCAAUUGAAAGUACGUUGCUUCAUCAAGGAAUUCAUAGUUAGCUUACAUACGGGUGGCAAAUCGGCUGACUCAGCAAAAUCUGAAAUUGUGGGUUUGUAUGCUGAUGAUGCGCUCAUCGCUUUUGAUGACGACGACGAUGAUAGAGAGUUACACCUGCUGUUGCCAAAUUUUCAAUUGGAUAAUCAAAAUUACGUCUGCGGUCAAUACGAUUUCCCUGUUGUGCUGUGCUCACAAGAGUUAUAUGAACGGAAGCCAAUUGUGCCGCCUGUCCACUUUCUGGAUCGCACCUAUCAAAAUCUUCGAAAUCGUCCGUUAAUGGCGAAUUUUGAGAUCGGGUUCUUUGAGGAUGAAAUGAAAUUACAUUCUAUUGUGUGUACGUUCAGCCCGAUGCGUAUCUACAUUGAGGACUCGUAUCUUAAUGUUUUGCUUGAUGCCGUUGUGGAUUGCACGCCCGCAAACUGUGCUUAUCAUGCGGAGCGACCAAACAAGCGCAUUACUCUAGCGGCUGGUGAAUAUCUUUUGCCGCGCGUCAUUGUUGGGCAAGCAAUAUGUAUUGCGGAGCCAUUGCAGAUACGUCAUUUUCAGAUCGAACCCCUAAGCGUACUGCUCUCCGUGCAUACGUCUAUUCGGCUAUACAUAGCGCUCGAUCAUUCACCACUCUCGUUUUCCACCUACAAACGCGAGCAUAUACUCACUAUGCCACUACGAUUCGGCCAAUCGCUCAGCAUGCAUUAUCUGUCGGGCGCAAUUUUCGGCGCCGGCUGGGUUGUGGGCUCGCUAGAAAUACUUGGCAGUCCUAGCGGUUUAGCUCGCUCAUUUACCACAGGCCUACGCGACUUCGUCUCCAUGCCGGUGGAGGGACUCUUCCGUGGGCCAUGGGGUUUCAUUGUCGGCAUUACGCAAGGUUCAGCAUCACUUUUACGCAACGUCACUGCCGGCACAUUGAAUUCCGUGUCGAAGUUGGCUGCUUCCGUGGCACGAAAUCUCGAUCGUUUAACAUUAGAUCAGGAACACAUCGAACGCACAGAAGCGUUACGUCGCCGUCGACCGCACGGCUUCACUGAGGGUCUGACUCAAGGUGUCACCGGCUUGGGUAUAAGCAUUUUAGGCGCAGUUGGUGGUCUGGCACGCCACACGCUAGAAGCGCGCACACCUACCGAAGUAAUGACCGGCGUUGGUAAGGGACUUGUAGGCGCUGUAACAAAGCCUCUUAGUGGCGCCGCCGAAUUGCUAGCGCUUACCGGUCAGGGUGUAUUGCACACUGUGGGCUUCAAUACUAUGCCGGAAUUGCGAGUGCCCUGUGUUUGUGUAAAUAUUAUAACGGAACCAUCGGCAUAUCGCAUUUGGAAAUUGUUACCAGGCACUUUGAAAUCUGAUCAGAUUCUAUUUAAUCAUGAGGUGACCUUGGUCACGCAAGAUCAACUGCGUCGGGGUUACGCUCUGCUCACAUCGAGUGUGUUUGCUCUUAUGGAGAUGCAAAGUUACAGUUUAAUAUGUGUAUUUCCAAUUGAUAAGGUGGAGAUGGCGAGUGAUGCAAUGGAUAAAACGCUAUAUUAUAUACACUUGAUUAAGGAUAAGGAGGGUGCUGAUGAGGAAAACUAUACAAACCAACGCAUUAUCACUUACAUACAUUCCUCAACAUCAUUGAAAAAUGUGCCUGCAGCAGCGGCGGGUUCGCUAAGUGAUCUACUUCAAAGUCACGAGCAAGAGUUGCAGGCAAGCAGGCGCAAGCAGAUGGACUGGGCAUUUUAUAUCAACGAGACACUCGGCGAGCAUAUCAUUAAGUAUUUGAGAGUAAUGAACAGAAAUUGUUGAUUGGACAAUGAGCAGAGUGAUUAAAAGUUAUAGGCUCGCAUCCAAAUUACAUUGAGACUUUUAUAUUAACGUUAAAUGAUAUUUUUAUGCCCGACAUUAAGUAUUUUUUAUGAAUUUGUAUGUACAUAGCCAAAUGUAUUUAAAGUUAGGGGACAAUUUCAAACAAAAAUUUUAAGUCAUAUAAAACUAAAAAUAAAAAAUAUUCGUUUUUAGAAAAUU